AUGGCUUUCGACUGUUACUGUGCUAUCUGCGGGGUUGGCUUCUCGGGCAUGCGCAUUGGGACUCCAUCAGAUGCCACACCAGAGCGAAGGCGACAGUACGUGGAGAAGAUUUCUCAGUCGGGGAACGAGACGACGCCAGACUCAGCUCCCCAGGACCAAGAAGAGCCCAUCCGCAGUUAUGAUCCAAACCUAGUCAACCAAGACAAUGUCGCGUGGACCGCACAAGUACACUGCUUGGGGAUGCAGGACGACGCCAAGGGGAAGAGCAGAGCAUUCAUCUCAGGACCAGGAUACUAUGCAGACGCUGGUGAAUUAGCCGUCAAAGUCGGACAGGCUGCACGACGGACAUACUUCAACUGCUAUGGCUUCGGGACAAACGACGUGCCCGGCCCAGUGAUGCCCUUCCACUGGUGCUGCUUCGAGAUCCUUCUUCGCACUCUCACGGGGACAACCGAUCCCAAGAACGUCAAUCUCGAGGCCCUCUACGAGGCCAUGAGCAGCCACUGCAACUGGUCGGGCUCAGCUCUGCGGUUACCCUACGGUGACGACGUUAUCCGCGCACAGGGCCAGUACUGGCAAUCCCUCCCUGGAGCCGAGUACACCGUCCGCAACCCCUCCACAACAACCAUCACGGAAACACUCAAAGCCAACCUGCAAAGCAACCCCAAACUCCGCACACCACCGACAGGUCUGCCCCUGGACACCCGGGAACCAAAAAACCCCUUCUCCACCCUCCCCACCGAACUCGUCCACCACAUCUGCUCCCUCCUCCCCGGAGAGUCGCUGGAAUCCUUAACCCAAGCAUCCCUCUACAUAAACCUCAUCACCCGCGACAACUACUUUUGGAAACGAUUCAUCGCAACCGAUAUGCCCUGGCUCGAGGAGGGUGAGGCGGAGAUGCUCAGGAAAAGAGCGGACGUCACACCAAGCGCGGAUUCCGGCUCGGAAAGCCCGAUCAACUACCAGCGCGUGUAUCAGUGGCUGGACGGAGUCACGAAGCCGGCCUUCGCGAUGGACGACGAGGUGUUUAUGGCUGUUGCGAAUCGCAGGCGCAUCUGGGGCGUCUGCGAGGUACUGGCUGGGGCGUAUCGCGCGCAGUGCGCGUGA